AUGGGUUAUAACUACACGAGGUCUGUCCGAUGCUCUCUGCCUCUGUGGGCCUUAAUGCUGGAGGCGGUUCUCAUUUUCCUCUUUUUUUUUUUCACCUCCUAUGAUGGUUCCUCAAAGGAUCAGAAGAGGCUGAUGGGGACGUAUCGAGUCUUCCAGGAUAUUACCAUCAUGGCGGCCCUUGGCUUGGGCUUCCUCACCUCGUAUUUGAGGAGACACGGCUGGAGCAGUGUGGCCUUCAACCUCUUCAUGCUGGCCCUGGGGGUGCAAUGGGCAAUCCUGCUGGAUGGCUUCCUGAGUCAACCUUUCAAUAGGAACAUGCACAUCAGCCCGGACAGUAUUCAGCUGGCCACCAUGAGUGCCAUGUCAGUGCUGAUCUCAUUGGGUGCUGUCCUGGGAAAGGUCAACCUGGUGCAGCUGAUGGUGAUGGUGCUGGUGGAGCUGACAGUCUUUGGCUCCAUGAGGAUGGUCUGCAAGCAAAUCCUCAAUAUGGACAACCACACUAUCAUGAUGCAAGUACACGUGUUUGCGGCCUAUUUUGGGCUGACUGUGUCCGGUUGCUUCUCAAGUCCUCUGUCCAAGGAAGCGAAGGAGAAUUAUCAGCCAGCAACAAGCCCCAGUCUGUUUGCAAUGCUGGGUACCCUCUUCCUGUGGAUAUUCUGGCCAAGUUUCAACUCUGCUCUGCUGGAUGUUCCAAGUGAUAAGAAGAAGGCUGUGUUCAAUACCUACUAUGCUCUUGCGACCAGUGCAGUGACCGCCAUCUCAGUUUCCGCCUCAGCUCACCCCCAAGGGAAGAUCAACAUGAUUCACAUCCACAAUGCUGUGCUGGCAGGAGGCGUGGUUGUAGGCACCCCUGGUCACUUGAUUAUUUCUCCUUGGAUAGCCAUGGUGCUGGGUCUUCUGGCUGGACUGAUCUCCAUUGGUGGAGCCAACUGCCUGCCGCAUAGGGUGUCUUGUCACCGUGUUCUGGGCAUCCACGACUCCUGCGGCAUGCACUAUACCUUCGCCUUGCCAGGUCUGCUUGGAGGGAUCACCAACGUUGUGCUGAGGAUGCUUAAGGUCUCCUGGACCAAGGAUCUUAUGAUCAGCUACCAGGUGCUCCAUGACACCGGGGGACUCAGCUUGAUCGUGGCUACCGGUCUGGCAUUUGGUUUCCUGACAGGUUUUCUUCUACGUCUCAAAAUAUGGAAACCACCUCAUGCAGCUAAAUACUUUGAUGACCAAGCUUUCUGGAAGUUUCCUCAUUUGGCUGUUGGAUUUUAA